AUGGCUGGUUCAGGGAAGACAACAUUCGUGCAAAGGAUGAACUCCUACCUGCACUCACUCGACCCGCCUGCACCGCCGUACAUCCUCAACCUCGAUCCAGCUGUUUCAAGUACACCUUUUGACACGAACAUAGACAUUCGAGAUACCGUUAACUAUAAGGAAGUCAUGAAGCAGUACAAUCUCGGACCGAAUGGCGGUAUCCUAACUGCGCUCAACUUGUUUACCACGAAAUUUGACCAAGUGCUUGGGCUAAUAGAGAAGAGGUCGGAUAACCUUCAACAUGUGAUCUUGGAUACUCCCGGACAGAUUGAGAUUUUCACCUGGUCUGCAUCAGGAGCAAUCAUUACGGAUGCCAUUGCUUCCUCAUUUCCGACAGUUGUUGCGUACAUCAUCGACACCCCACGGACAACUGCUCCAGCGACGUUCAUGUCAAACAUGCUUUAUGCAUGCAGUAUCCUGUACAAGACGAAGCUGCCCUUUAUUCUCGUCUUCAACAAGACGGAUGCACAGCGACACGAGUUCGCACUGGAAUGGAUGCAGGACUUUGAGGCAUUCCAGGCUGCGCUUGCAAGCCAUGCCAACUCGCGAGAUUCAGACGGCGAACCUACUUACAUGAACAGCCUUAUGAAUAGCAUGUCUCUCGUUUUGGACGAGUUUUACAAGCACUUGAAGGCAGUCGGUGUUUCGUCUGUUACGGGAGAUGGUAUGAAAGAGUACUUCGAAGCGGUCGAGAAUUCGCGGGAAGAAUAUGAAAAGGAAUAUCUUCCAGAGUUAGAACGAAUGAAAUCGGAGAAAGAGGCAAAGCUUAACGCGGCCAAGGAAGACUCUAUGCGACGUAUGAUGGCAGAUCUGGCAGUUGACCGUAAACGCAACCCAGCUGCCUUCGCAAACGACAGGUGGGAACGAGAUGACGAGGAUGAUGCAGAUGACGAUGACAUCGACGUUGACGCCAACGAUGCUGACAUAGUUGAUCGAAGCGAAGAACGCGGUCCUGGGGAAGGAGAGUACAUCGAUUUGACCCAAGUACGGUCCACUCGAGACACGGAUGAACGUAAUAUUCGUUGGAAAAGGCCUGGUUAACUCCAUUGGUGCAUGUUUCACUUUGAGAUUAACCUUUGUGCCCUAACAAUUUCUACCUCGAUUAUCUUCGGCGAAUUAAAGAAUGAAAAUUUACAUUACUUGUAUACUAGUCAUAUAGACAAACGAUAAACA